CUGCUACUUCACGUCGGCAGCUCAGUGCAGAGAGAGAUUCAGGCAUGGCAGCUCCAAGAGCUCUCGUCCUCGGCCUCCUGCUGGUGGUCACUGUCGCCAACGUCGGGGCCGCGUCCGUGGUGGUCGGCCUGGCCAAGUGCGCCGGCUGCACCAGGAAGGACAUGAAGGCCGAGGAAACGUUCAAGCGUCUCCGGGUGGCGAUCAAGUGCAGGAACGCCCACGGCGAGUACGAGAGCAAGGCGGUGGGCGGCCUCGACCGCACCGGCGCCUUCAGCGUGCCCCUGGCCGCCGACCUCCAAGGCGCCGACUGCGUCGCGCAGCUCCACAGCGCCGCCUCCAACGCGCCGUGCCCCGGCCAGGAGCCGUCCAAGAUCGUGCCGCUGUCCGAGGGCGCCACCACCUUCGGCGUCGUCGCCGGCGCCAAGACCACCGCCACGCAGUCGGUGGCGUCCCCGGAGUGCGCGUCGGCCUUCUGCCCCUCGACCACGCAAAAGAAGCCCCGCGGCGGCGGCCACCACAAGAAGAAGCACAACCCGCACAAGCCUGAGACCAAGGCCCUGCCGUAAACAGACUAUGCCACCACGCCCCUCCCACGCCCGCCUACGGAGGUGGGCACCCCUAGCCAGUGUCUCGACUCCGAUCUACCACCCUCCCGCCCAGCAUUGAAAUCUCCAUGAUUUCGUGCUAUCACUCUUGCUAUUUAUGAUUUCAGUGUCUGCAGAACUCAGCAGAGUUCAGAAUAACACGGUUAUGAGAAGGACAGACGGAUCUGUGUGUUUCAUGCACAGUGUAUCCUUU